UUUUAGUGGCAUAAAUCAACAUAAUUAAAUAAAAAUGUGUCUAUUUAAUUCUUCAUGUAAUUUAUUAGAAUGUCAUAAAUUUUCUAAUAAUUAUGAAAUGCCAAAUUAUUACUCUAAGUAUGGUGUUAAGGAGGGUAUUAGCACAAGGAAGAAGCUAGAUUGGCUAAGGAACAACUUAAUUGGAAAUGAUUUGGAAUUCAUUUCUCCUUUUGGUAAGCGCAAAGUUACUUAUUUAGAUUGUACCGCGAGUGGGAGGUGCCUACGCUACAUUGAAGAAUAUAUCAUGCAACACGUCCUUCCUUCUUAUGGGAACACUCACACGUGUGAUAGCUACGUGGGUCAGGAGACAACAAAGAUGGUAACUCAAGCUAACGAUUACAUAAAGUCGUGUUUAGGAGGUGGUAGAAACGAUGCACUAAUAUUUUGUGGGUCGGGUUCAACAUCAGCAAUAAAACGACUUCAAGAAGUCAUGGGAGUAGCAGUGCCAUCAAUUUUAAGGGAUAGAAUGUUACAAAUUCUAAGUAAUGAAGAAAGAUGGGUGGUUUUUGUGGGGCCACAUGAGCAUCAUUCUAACUAUCUUUCUUGGAAACAAAGUCUUGUUGAAGUGGUUGAAAUUGGGAUGAAUAAAGAUGGGUUGCUAAACUUGGAAGAAUUAGAGGAAAAACUUGAGUAUUACAAGUCUAGAAAAAGACCAAUUUUGGGAUCAUUUUCUGCUUGUAGUAAUGUAACUGGGACUUGUUUGGACACUAGAAGAAUUUCUAUUCUUCUUCAUCGUUAUGGAGCCUUUGUUUGCUUUGAUUUCGCUUCCAGUGGGCCAUAUGUGGAGAUCAAGAUGAGAUCAGGGGAGACGGACGGCUACGAUGCAAUAUUUCUUAGCCCUCACAAGUUCCUUGGAGGACCAGGGUCUCCUGGCAUUCUUAUGAUGAACAAAGCUUUAUAUUAUUUGGGAUCUUCUCCUCCUUCUACUUGUGGAGGUGGCACAGUCGAUUUUGUUAAUUGCUUUACUGAAGAGAACACGAUAUAUGUGGAUGAUGUGGAAGAGAGAGAAAACGCGGGGACUCCACCAAUCAUCCAAAAGAUCAAAGCAGCCUUGGCAAUAUGGGUAAAGGAAUAUAUAGGGUGUGAAGUGAUUCACAAACAAGAGACUUAUUUCAUUGAAAAAGCCUUGGAAAGGCUUCUUCCUAACCAUAGGAUCUUUAUAUUAGGUAACACGAGAGCAAAACGACAAGCGAUUUUGUCGUUUCAAGUGUACUCACAUUCAACAUAUACAUAUGAUGAGAAAACCAGUGAAGGUGAUAAUAAUAGUAGGCUUUACAUGUGGGAAGAAAGUGGUAAGAAAAGAGGUAAACCACUUCACGGGGCGUUCGUUGUGAAGCUACUUAAUGACUUGUUUGGGAUACAAGCUAGAGGAGGGUGUGCUUGUGCUGGGCCUUAUGCUCAUCAAUUGCUCAAAAUCGAUCACAAUCAUUCACUUGCCUUGAGAUCUUAUGUAGAGAAGGGCUAUCUAGGAGUGAAGCCGGGAUGGGCGAGGAUCAGCUUUCCAUACUAUCUAUCAAACCAAGAGUUCGAGUUCAUCUUGUUGGCCUUAGAAUUGAUUGCUUCAUUUGGGCAACGUUUCCUAGCAAUAUACAACUUCAAUUGGAAAACUGGAGAAUGGACUUUUAGCAAGCAAAAAUAUCAGAAAAUCAUGCAUGAAAGUGACAUUGAUUGCGAUUUCUUUACUCAAAAUUUAGCUACUGAUGUACAAGUACUAAGCAUAGAUGAUAACAAUGGAGUUGAAGACUACAAUGUAGGACAAGUAUUAAAACAUAAGUAUGCAUCAUACUUGGAAACUGCGACGAAUAUAGCUCAUUGUUUACCAAUAUGCCCUGAAGAACGUCCCAUACCAAAUGACAUUGAUCCACAAUUCUUAUUGUAUAGGAUUUAAUUAGUUUCAAUUAAGCUUCUUUUUUUGUUGUAGGUUUUGUCAAUUACAUAAUUCAUUACUGCAUAAAACAUUGAAGAAUUGUUUAUUUCCCGCCUUCGUAGGACGUACAACUUGUAUGCUGAA